UAUCAAAACAAUCGAUAACAUAAUUGUUGAAAUUAAAUAACUAUCGAUAACAACCAAUAACUAACAAUCGACUCGAUACAAAAUGGCGGACAUCAUGCGUCCGCCGUUUAGCGACAUUAAGCGGCCCGACGAAAUUGUCAGAAUGACGACCGCCGACAAUCUCAAAUUUGCCGUCCUCAUCGGCCUCAUCGAGGUCGGCCAGGUGACCAAUCGUGAGGUGGUCAACACAGUUUUACAUUUGCUGGUCGGCGGCGAAUUCGAUAUGGAAUUGAAUUUUGUGAUACAGGAUGCGCAGAAUAUAAAACAUAUGCUGGAGCUGUUGGAUCAUUGUCCGCCCAAUUUGCAGGCCGAGAUCUGGAGCGUGUUUAUUGCGAUUCUGCGAAAGAGCGUUCGCAAUCUUCAGGCCUGCACAGAUGUGGGACUUAUCGAGCAUGUCCUGGUGCGUCUGCAGCGCUCCGAAACUGUUGUGGCAGAUCUGCUCAUCGAGAUGCUGGGCGUAUUGGCCAGCUAUAGCAUAACCGUUAAGGAGCUGAAACUUCUAUUUGGCACGAUGAAGGCCAACAAUGGCAAAUGGCCGCGUCAUUCAGCCAAAUUGUUGAAUGUGCUGCGACAAAUGCCACAUCGCAACGGGCCCGAUGUGUUCUUCAGUUUUCCCGGCCGCAAGGGAUCGGCAAUGGUUCUGCCGCCGCUGGCUAAAUGGCCCUACGAAAAUGGAUUUACCUUUACCACCUGGUUUCGAUUGGAUCCAAUUAACUCGGUGAACAUUGAGCGCGAGAAACCCUAUCUCUACUGCUUCAAGACAUCGAAGGGCGUUGGGUAUACGGCUCACUUUGUGGGCAACUGUCUGGUCCUCACAUCGAUGAAGGUCAAGGGCAAGGGCUUUCAGCAUUGUGUCAAAUAUGAAUUCCAGCCACGAAAGUGGUAUAUGAUUGCCAUAGUGUACAUAUACAAUCGUUGGACGAAAAGCGAAAUCAAGUGCCUCGUGAAUGGACAACUGGCGUCGUCAACCGAAAUGGCCUGGUUUGUUUCCACAAACGAUCCCUUUGACAAGUGCUAUAUAGGCGCCACGCCCGAGCUGGAUGAGGAGCGUGUCUUCUGUGGCCAAAUGUCGGCAAUUUAUUUGUUCAGCGAGGCGCUGACAACGCAGCAAAUCUGCGCGAUGCACCGUCUGGGGCCGGGCUACAAGUCGCAAUUCCGUUUCGAUAACGAGUGCUAUCUGAAUCUGCCGGACAAUCACAAGCGGGUGAGUCACUUUCAACUAACAACCAGUUUGGGUGGUGCUCUGCUGGUUGGCAGCGAUGCAGCCGGCGCCACGGCCGGCAGCAGCAGCGGCAGCAGUAGCAGCCAGCAGCAACAGUUGCAGCUGCAAUUCCAAACGCUCGCCGCCGAGCAGGAGGCGCGCGCCAUUGACUGGUCCGACGAGCGGCUCGAUUUGAGUGCGGCCUUUGUCAAGAUCCGGGCGGUGCUAACCGCACGCAAUGCGGUUGCGCUGGCGGCUCUAACGGGUGGUGCAGCGCCAACAACAGCAGCUGCCACAGCAGCAGUAGCAGCAGCAGCAGCAGCGGCGGCAGCAGCAGCAGCCACGCCGGGCACGCCUGCCGAGGGCGGCAGCAACAGCAGCAACAGCGAGCAGCAACAGUUGCCGCUGGCACAGCAGCAGCAGCAACAAUCGAACAGCAACAACAACAACAAGAACAACAACAACACUGCGGACGAUCCGCUUGGCCAUUUGCCCACUGGAAAUGCUUCUUUUGAUCAACUGCGUCGCAUGUCCAGUGUGACCAGCCUGAGCACCAUGGGCGUGCCCGCCCCCGCCAUUGCCGGCGACACUGAGGAAAUCAACCAGCUAAAAGCUGUGCUGUACGAUGGCAAACUAUCGAAUGCCAUUGUCUUCAUGUACAAUCCAGUGGCAACCGAUGGUCAACUUUGUUUGCAGUCUUCCCCCAAAGGAAAUGUUUCAUAUUUUGUACACACGCCGCACGCGCUGAUGCUGCAGGAUGUCAAGGCUGUGGUCACGCAUUCCAUACACUGCACACUCAAUUCGAUCGGCGGCAUUCAGGUGCUGUUUCCGCUCUUCUCCCAGCUGGACAUGGCGCACGAAGGCAUCAGCGAUAUCAAGCGCGAUCCGACGCUCUGCUCGAAGCUGUUGGGCUUCAUUUGCGAACUGGUGGAGACAUCGCAGACAGUGCAACAGCACAUGAUACAGAAUCGCGGCUUCCUGGUGAUAUCCUUCAUGCUGCAGCGUUCGUCGCGCGAGCAUCUGACUUUGGAGGUGCUCGGCUCGUUUCUCAAUUUGACCAAAUAUCUGGUCACCUGCCUGUCGGCCAACAGCGACUUGCUGCUGAAGCAGUUGUUCUGUUUCUCGUUUCUCACGUGGCAGCUGCUGGAUCACGUGCUUUUCAAUCCGGCCCUGUGGAUCUAUACGCCAGCCAAUGUCCAGGCACGGCUCUAUUCCUAUCUGGCCACCGAGUUUCUCAGCGAUACACAAAUCUAUAGCAAUGUCCGACGUGUGAGUACCGUCUUGCAGACAGUACAUACCCUCAAGUACUACUAUUGGGUCGUCAAUCCGCGCGCCAAGAGCGGCAUCAUACCGAAGGGUUUGGAUGGUCCGCGACCGGCUCAGAAGGAUAUUCUGGCCAUACGUGCCUAUAUCCUGCUGUUCCUCAAGCAGCUAAUCAUGAUCGGCAAUGGCGUCAAGGAGGAUGAACUGCAAAGCAUACUCAACUAUCUGACCACCAUGCAUGAGGACGAGAAUCUGCACGAUGUGCUGCAGAUGCUCAUCUCGCUGAUGUCGGAGCACCCGAGCUCAAUGGUACCUGCCUUCGAUGUGAAGCACGGCGUGCGCAGCAUCUUCAAGCUACUGGCGGCCGAAAGUCAAUUGAUACGCCUCCAGGCGCUCAAGCUGCUCGGCUUUUUCCUCUCGCGCAGCACACACAAGCGUAAGUACGAUGUCAUGUCGCCGCACAAUUUGUACACGUUAUUAGCGGAGCGUCUGCUGUUGUACGAAGAGUCAUUGUCGCUGCCCACAUACAACGUGCUCUACGAGAUUAUGACGGAGCACAUCUCACAGCAGAUACUGUACACACGCCAUCCGGAACCGGAGAGUCAUUACCGUCUGGAGAAUCCGAUGAUACUAAAAGUGGUCGCCACACUAAUACGCCAGUCAAAGCAAACGGAGUCGUUGAUCGAGGUGAAGAAGCUCUUUCUUCAGGACAUGACACUGCUGUGCAAUAGCAAUCGAGAGAAUCGUCGCACCGUCCUCCAGAUGUCCGUUUGGCAGGAGUGGCUCAUUGCCAUGGCCUACAUUCAUCCAAAGAACACCGAGGAGCAGAAGAUCAGCGAUAUGGUCUAUUCACUGUUCCGCAUGCUGCUGCAUCAUGCCAUCAAGCAUGAGUAUGGCGGCUGGCGCGUCUGGGUGGACACCCUGGCCAUUGUCCACUCGAAGGUCUCCUACGAGGAAUUUAAGCUGCAGUUCGCCCAAAUGUAUGAGCACUAUGAGCGACAGCGCACCGAUAACAUAACCGAUCCCGCCCUGCGUCAGGCCCGCCCCAUUAGCACCAUCAGCGGCUGGGAGAGGGAGGAGCUGCAGCAGCAGCAGAACGGUCCGAUUGCCAGCGCGCAGCAACAGCAGCCGCAGCAGCCGCAGCAGCAGCAGCUGCCGGACAUAAAGAGCGCCGUGUCCAUAGCCUCGCUGGAGGAUGUGCCACCCGUGGAAGAGGAGGCAGAGGAACUGGAGUUGGAGAGCAUCGAUGUCGAUGCACAGGAGCUGCAGUUGACCGGCGAUGCGGCCGCAUCUACUACCGAGUCUUGCGUCUGUGCUGCCAAUGGCGAGCCAACCGAAGCGGAGCAAGAACAGCAGGAGGAGCCACAUAACAAGUCGGUGAUUGCCAACAUUUCGGAUGUGUACAACGAGCAAAUUAAAACGGACGAGGCGCUGCAGAGCGCUCCGGCACCCACCUGCAAUGGCAGCCUCAGUCCCAGUCCGGCGGAGCAGACGGAGCAGCCGGAGCAACCGAAGCAAUCGGAGCAGGCGGAACUGCAGGUCACAGCUGGUGGCCAGGCGGCGCUCAAGGAGACGCUCCAAAUAGGCGAAGACUUGGAGGAACUGGAGCUGGCGACGGCCAAGGAUGCGCUCGAUGUGGAGCAGCAUGUGGCGCAUGUGCUGCAGGUGUCCGAAGCCGCGUUGAACGACUGCAAGCUGACCGUCGAUGACGUGCUGCAGGAGUCCUCCUCGGUGCUGAAGGACGAGGAGAUUGAGCUGGCUGUCAACGAGGUGGUGCAGGGCGUGCUCAAGAGCGAGAAGAAGACGCCUGCGCAGGACAAUGUCAGUCUGCUUAACAGCAAGAAUCUGCUCAACCACAAUAACAACAAUAACAACAAUGUCACUGAAACGGAACAGCAGAAUAAGGAGCAGACGCAACAGCUGGAAGCCGAGGUGAAUGCCAACGAGAUCCACAGCAGUGCCAGCGAGGAGCCAACAACUACGACAACGACGACAACAACAACAACAGAAACAAUAAUGGCGGAGGAGAAAAAAGAGGCGCCUGAGCUGGUUCAGGAACAGGAGCAGGAGUCAAAUACAGCAGCAACCAAUCAAAAGACUGAAGAUGCGGCCAACAAGCUGAACAACAACGAGAAACUGGAGGCCAGCAGCAACAGCAGCAGUCAGGAGCCAGCAGCAGCAGGAGCAGGGGCAGCAGCAGGAGCAGCCAGUGGCGACCAGGAGCUGAGCUCAACGCUCAGCACAAGCAACGCGAGCAGCGAGGAGCUAACGAUGUCUAUAACAAACACAAGUCCCGUGAGCACAGAGCCCGAGCUGGAGGAGACAACAGAGGAUGUGGUGGCCACAGCGGUGCGUGACAUUGUCGAGCAGCUCAUCGACAAAGUAAUCGAUGCAGCCGAGGCCGAGGCCAAAACCGCAACCAAAACCGAAACCGCAACUGAAAUCGAAACUGAAACCAACAACAACGAGGUGCAAAAGGAAGCCACAAAGCAGGCAGCUGCGGAGACAGAGACAGAGGCAGACGCAGAGACAGAGACGCAGCCAGACCAGGAGCAGGCGAGCGUUGCCGCCGCCGCCGAGGAAAUCGUACACGAGAUGGUGGAAGCAGCACUCGAUCUGGCCGAGGAACAAGCAGAGCCAGAGCCAAGCAAGGAACAGGUGUCUGGCAUUGUGAACGCCGUACUGGAUACUCUGGUGGACGAAACCGUGAAAGCUGUGGCCGCCGAGCAGACCACACAGACCUCGCCCACGCCCGACGAGCAGCCGGCGCGCAUGGAGUCGCAAGCCACGUCCAUGGACGCAACAGUUACGGUGCGCAUGAAGCCCACCGAGGUGGACUCCACCACGCAGACAACGCCAAAGAACGAGGCGGAUGCUCUAAAGAGUCUCGACGAGCUGCCCGAUGUGGAUGAUGAUGCACAAGAGACAACCAGCCCAGACGCGGACAUCGAUGCCGACGACGACGACUAUGCCGCACAGCAGCCACAGCCGGCGACCGGAACGUCAGCUGCUAUAGCAGAGGGCGGCACACAACAGGAGGGCAAUCAUUAUGUUGCGGGCGCGGGAGCAACGGCUGGUGCCGAGGGCAAGCAGCAACGCUCCAAGUCCGGCUCCACACGGCCCAUGUUCAGUCCGGGACCGACACGUCCGCCGUUCCGCAUACCGGAGUUCAAGUGGUCCUACAUACAUCAGCGACUGCUCAGCGAUGUGCUCUUCUCGCUGGAGACGGACAUCCAGGUGUGGCGCAGCCACUCCACCAAGAGUGUCCUUGACUUUGUCAAUUCCAGCGAGAACGCCAUCUUUGUGGUGAACACUGUUCAUCUUAUAUCCCAGCUGGCCGAUAAUCUGAUCAUUGCCUGUGGCGGACUCUUGCCGCUGCUCGCCAGCGCCACGUCUCCCAAUUCGGAGCUGGAUGUGCUGGAGCCCACACAGGGCAUGCCACUGGAGGUGGCCGUAUCCUUUUUACAGCGCCUCGUCAAUAUGGCCGAUGUGCUCAUCUUUGCCACAUCGCUGAACUUUGGCGAACUGGAGGCCGAGAAGAACAUGUCCAGUGGCGGCAUCUUGCGCCAGUGCCUCCGUCUCGUCUGCACCUGUGCCGUGCGCAAUUGCCUCGAGUGCAAGGAGCGCACGCGCUAUAAUGUCGGCGCCUUGGCACGGGAUGUGCCCGGCGCGGCACAUCUCCAGGCGCUCAUACGCGGCGCUCAGGCUUCGCCAAAGAACAUUGUUGAGUCAAUCACCGGUCAAUUAUCGCCCGUCAAGGAUCCUGAGAAGCUGCUGCAGGACAUGGACGUUAAUCGUUUGCGUGCCGUCAUCUAUCGCGAUGUGGAGGAAACGAAACAAGCGCAAUUCCUAUCGCUGGCCAUCGUUUACUUUAUUUCAGUGCUGAUGGUGUCCAAAUAUCGGGACAUUUUGGAACCACCCGCAGAGCCGCAACUGCAGCGUCAAUCGCCAGUGAUGCAGCGCAGCGCGGGCAGCGAAGCCGCCAGCGCACGUCCCUUGUUCCCGCAAUGGUCGCAUCACGUCUAUCCACAAUUUCUGCCCGAGUCACAUCAGAAUCAUGUGGCCACCGCCUCAAUGCAACAGCAACAGCAGCAGCAACAGCAGCAGCAGCAGCAACAACAGCAGCAGCAACAUUAUUAUCAACAUCAGCCACACAAUCAUAGUCAUCAUCAUAUGGCUGCUGCCUACUAUCAACAUCAGCAGCAGCAACAGCAUCAGCAGCAGCAGCAACAUCAGCAGCAGCAUUCACCACUUCCUCCGCUGGGCGGCACACACUCGACGAGCUCGUCGGCCAGCUCUACAGCUACAUCACAGCCGGCGUCCAGCUCAUCGCUGUCCUCGCUGGCCUCGCAGAGCCAGCAACAGGUUAACGCAUCGGCAACACUGCAUCGCCAGCAGCUGCACAAGCAACAACAGCAACAGCAGCAGCAGCAGCAGCAACAUUUUCAUGCCCACCAGCCGCACUAUGCGCUGAUCAAUGGCCACCAGCAGCAACAACAGCAGCAGCAACAACAGCUGCUUAAUGGCAAGCACAACCAUUAUGCUGGUCAGGUGGAGAAUGGCACAACCGGCGGUGGUUAUCACACGCAUCCACAUGCCUAUAUGCGGGGCUUGCAAAUGAAUGGAGAGCAGCAUCAGAAUGGAAUCGGCGCUGCAGAGCAUCAUCCUGUAGCUGUGCUUAAUGGACAUGCCAGCAGCAACAGCAGCAGCAGCAAUGGCAACAGCAACAGCAUCAGCAACAACAACGGUAACAGCAACAAUAACAACAGCAACAACAACAGCAAUAGCAACGGCAACAACAACAUGCGCAAUUUGCGCAAUGGAAGUGCAGCAACAGCUGCUGCUGCGGCUGCUGCUGCAGCUGCUGCCGCUGGCGCCGGCGGCGGCUGCCUGGGCAUGGGCAUGGGCAUGGGCAUGAACAUGGGCAUGGGCAUGGGUAUGAACAUGGGCGGCAUAGGCGGCAUGGGCGGCAUGGGAUUGAGCGAUGGCGGCGCUGCAUAUAAAACGAAUGCCAUCAAUAACAAUUAUCGCUACAAUGGACGGAACGCCAACGUAUCUGGCUCUGGAACAGGAGGCCGUCAGAUUCAGGAUAGCGAUUACGAGAUUAUCGUCGUUGAUGAGAACAAUCCCUCGGUGCUGGCGGAUAAUGAUUCCCACUCCAGUGGACCGCCAUCCAUAAAGGCUAAUAUUAACAACAACAAUAACAACAACACUAAGACAACAACCGCAACAAUAACAACAACAACAACAACAACUACCGCAACAACAACAGCUACAAGAACAACAACUAAAGAUACAAUCAAAAUUCAACAACAACCAUUGUCACCACCCAAGCCAAUGGUCCCAAAAAAAUUACCAAAGAGCGUCGAUUCGGAUGUGGUGUCCCUGAACAUGAACUCGACAGAAAACGAGGUGCCCGAAGUCGAAUCGUCCAGCGAUAUUUUAGCCGAUGAUCACAAGCCGAGCAACUCUAACGAUGAGAGCUGGACGGAUGUCAAUUUGAAUGAGGACGCAGCCGUCCAGGCUGCGGCCAGUGGCGGCAUUGUCGUGGGCCUCGUUGAUGCCAGCGACAGCGCCAAGCACGAGCAGCAGCAUCAGCAACAUCAGCAGCAACAACAGCAGCAACAUCAGCAGCAGCAGCAGCAGCAGCAACAACAGCAGGGCAUUUCGCGCGUGGGCAUGGCCGUGGGCAGCGAGCGUGGCGAUAAGCCCGACUCGGAAAUAUCGGUGGUGCGCGUGCCGGACGGCUAUGGCGUUGGUGGUACUGGUGCUGGAGCUGGUGUUGCUGCUGGCGCCGGCAAUGCCGGCACAGUUGUUAGCACGCAGCAGCAGCGCACGCGACCCGAUGAGCUGCCAAUGAAGCCACCGGCGCUGGUGGCGCAGCUGCCGUUGACGACGCCGUCGCGCGAGGCGAGUCUCACGCAAAAGCUGGAAAUAGCUCUGGGUCCCGUGUGUCCACUGCUGCGUGAGAUAAUGGUUGACUUUGCGCCGUUCCUCUCCAAGACGCUGGUCGGCUCGCACGGCCAGGAACUGCUGAUGGAGGGCAAGGGCUUGACCACGUUCAAGAACUCACACUCUGUCGUCGAGCUGGUGAUGCUGCUCUGCUCGCAGGAAUGGCAGAACAGUUUGCAGAAGCACGCCGGUCUCGCCUUCAUCGAGCUGAUCAACGAGGGCCGCCUGCUCUCCCAUGCCAUGAAGGAUCACAUUGUGCGCGUGGCCAACGAGGCGGAGUUCAUUCUCAAUCGAAUGCGGGCCGACGAUGUACUAAAGCAUGCCGACUUUGAGUCGCAGUGCGCCCAGACGCUGCUCGAACGGCGCGAGGAGGAGCGCAUGUGCGAUCAUCUGAUCACAGCCGCUCGCCGACGGGACAAUGUCAUUGCCAGCCGGCUGUUGGAGAAGGUGCGCAACAUAAUGUGCAAUCGCCAUGGCGCCUGGGGCGAUGCCAACGGCAUGGCCGCCAUCACGAGUUCCAUAACGGCUAGUGUGGGCCCGCUGGCGAAGAGCACCUACUGGAAACUGGACGCUUGGGAGGAUGAUGCUAGGCGUCGCAAGCGCAUGGUACAGAAUCCACGUGGCUCCUCCCAUCCCCAGGCCACGCUCAAGGCGGCGCUGGAGAACGGUGCACCCGAGGAUGCCAUCUUGCAGACACGCGACGAAUUCCACACUCAAAUUGCGGUAUCCCGCGCACAUCCAUCGUCGCAGCACAACAGCGAGCUGUUGGACGAUGCGGAGCUGCUAAUUGAGGAUCGGGAACUGGAUCUGGAUCUGACAGGACCGGUGAAUAUCAGCACCAAGGCGCGUCUGAUAGCGCCUGGCCUGGUGGCGCCCGGCACUGUUUCCAUCACGAGCACUGAAAUGUUCUUUGAGGUGGAUGAGGAUCAUCCGGAAUUCCAUAAGAUCGAUGCCGAGGUACUCAAGUAUUGCGACCAUCUGCAUGGCAAAUGGUACUUCUCGGAGGUGCGCGCCAUUUUCUCACGUCGCUAUCUGCUGCAGAACGUGGCUUUGGAGAUCUUUUUGGCCAGCCGCACCUCGAUUCUGUUCGCCUUUCCCGAUCAGCACACCGUCAAGAAGGUGAUCAAGGCAUUGCCACGCGUCGGCGUUGGCAUUAAGUAUGGCAUUCCGCAGACCCGUCGCGCCUCCAUGAUGUCACCCCGCCAGCUGAUGCGCAACUCGAACAUGACGCAGAAAUGGCAGAGACGCGAGAUCUCCAAUUUUGAGUACUUGAUGUUCCUCAAUACGAUUGCCGGACGCACGUACAACGAUCUGAACCAGUAUCCAAUUUUCCCUUGGGUGCUGACCAAUUACGAUUCAAAGGAUCUGGACCUCAGCCUGCCCUCCAACUAUCGGGAUCUGUCCAAGCCAAUUGGCGCACUGAAUCCUUCGCGUCGUGCCUACUUUGAGGAGCGCUACGAGAGCUGGGACAGCGAUACAAUACCCCCAUUCCACUAUGGCACCCACUACUCAACGGCCGCAUUCACCCUUACCUGGCUGGUGCGCGUGGAGCCCUUUACGACCAUGUUCCUGGCGCUGCAGGGCGGUAAAUUUGAUUAUCCCGAUCGGCUGUUCUCUUCCGUAUCGCUCAGCUGGAAGAACUGUCAGCGCGAUACGUCCGAUGUGAAGGAACUGAUACCGGAAUGGUAUUUCCUGCCUGAGAUGUUCUAUAAUGCAUCCGGCUACAGGAUGGGACAUCGCGAGGACGGGGCCCUGGUGGAUGACAUUGAGCUGCCCCCUUGGGCCAAGACCCCUGAGGAGUUUGUGCGCAUUAAUCGCAUGGCCCUCGAAUCGGAGUUCGUCUCCUGCCAGCUGCACCAGUGGAUCGAUCUGAUAUUCGGCUACAAGCAGCGCGGACCAGAAGCGAUCCGGGCCACCAACGUGUUCUACUAUCUCACCUACGAAGGCAGCGUCGAGCUGGACGGCGUGCUCGAUCCGGUGAUGCGCGAAGCUGUUGAGAAUCAAAUACGCAACUUUGGGCAAACACCCAGCCAGCUGCUAAUGGAACCGCAUCCACCACGCAGCUCCGCCAUGCAUCUGUCGCCCAUGAUGUUCAGUGCCAUGCCCGAGGAUCUGUGCCAGAUGCUCAAGUUCUAUCAGAACUCGCCCAUCAUACACAUCUCGGCGAAUACCUAUCCUCAGCUAUCGCUACCCUCUGUGGUCACCGUGACCGCUGGUCAUCAGUUUGCGGUGAAUCGCUGGAACUGCAAUUACACCGCAUCCGUCCAGAGUCCCAGCUAUGCUGAGUCGCCGCAAUCGCCAGGCUCCAAUCAGCCGCUGACAAUUGAUCCAGUCUUGGCUGUGCAUGGCACCAAUAACAACAGCAACGCGGUCAGCCGUCGUCAUUUGGGCGACAACUUUAGCCAAAUGCUUAAGAUUCGAUCCAAUUGCUUUGUGACCACUGUCGACAGUCGUUUUCUCAUUGCCUGCGGCUUCUGGGAUAACAGUUUUCGUGUGUUCGCCACAGAGACAGCGAAAAUCGUGCAAAUCGUCUUCGGCCACUUUGGCGUCGUCACCUGCAUGGCACGCAGCGAGUGCAACAUUACCUCGGACUGCUAUAUAGCAUCCGGUUCGGCGGAUUGUACGGUACUGCUCUGGCAUUGGAAUGCCCGUACCCAGAGCAUUGUCGGUGAAGGGGAUGUGCCCACGCCACGCGCCACACUCACGGGCCACGAGCAGGCAGUCACCUCGGUGGUGAUCAGCGCUGAGCUGGGGCUUGUUGUUUCGGGUUCAACGAAUGGACCCGUUUUGAUACACACCACUUUUGGCGAUUUGCUGCGCUCGCUGGAUCCGCCCGCUGAUUUCCACUCGCCGGAGCUGAUAACUAUGUCGCGCGAGGGCUUUAUAGUCAUCAAUUAUGACAAGGGCAAUGUCGCGGCAUAUACCAUCAAUGGCAAGAAGCUGCGCCAUGAAACGCACAACGACAAUCUGCAGUGCAUGCUGCUCUCGCGCGAUGGCGAGUAUCUGAUGACCGCCGGCGAUCGCGGAAUUGUCGAGGUGUGGCGCACUUUCAAUCUGGCACCGCUCUAUGCCUUCCCCGCCUGCAAUGCGGGCAUACGCUCGCUGGCGCUCACUCACGAUCAGAAAUAUUUGCUCGCUGGCUUGUCAACUGGUUCCAUAAUUGUGUUCCACAUUGAUUUCAAUCGCUGGCAUCAUGAGUAUCAACAGCGCUACUAAAGCAGCGAGUGCGUUCCACAUUUGACACAUUCCACGUUCCCCAUACACAAACACACGGACAGCUGAAUCAAAAUGGCGAGGGCGCCGCGUGCGUUGUUCAGGCAAGUUCAAAUGAGAGCUGCAGAGAGCGCAACGAUGUACUUAAGAGCGUUGAAGAGAGCGCGGAUAUUAAUUUGUUUCUUUCUACUUUUCAUUUUUAUUAUCGAUAGACAUUUACAAUUCUAGGCUAGUAUGCAAACAAAACUAAUUUUUUUUUGUCUAGUAUUACUUAAAAUAGCAUAUUAUCUAGUAUGUUCGGUGUGAGCCAGUCGGAAAAACAAAACACAUUUUUUUACUAGUUAUACAGCGUGUAGUACGGUAAGUUGCAGCAAUGAGACAAGAAAAGCAAAAAUAUUACAUAAAAACACAAAAGAAAAACAGAAAAUAGAAAACAAGAAAGAACACAACAAGCAGCAAUCGGCUUAAGUUGAGUAGUUUUAAUAAGUGCAGACAAGAAACAGAAGAGUUUGUGUUUAUAAAACGCAAUAAGCAGUUAAUAAAACUUGAAGAAAAUAUAAAAAAUUAAAAUUAAAAAAUAAAAACGAACACAAAGAAACUUUAAUAAUAU